AGAAGAACCUGAACGGCAAGCCAGGACGCCAGUGUUCCAGGAGCUCUGGAGAUCCCCGGCUGUAGGGGCGAGGACGCUAUUUUGGGGCAGCAGCUGCUGUGGUUCCGGCAUCUCCAGCCAAGGGAUCAAAAUUCCCCAGUAUUGAGGCUGGAACCCAGCAUUCAUGCUACGCAAAUGUUCUACCACGGAGAUACCCAAGCCCUAUCAGCCUCUGGAUCACCACAAUCCCAUUUUGAGAGUUUCCAAUUUCCACUGGAGUUGCAGUCCACUGGAUGGGGAAGCAUCCUUGUGAAUGCCGCCUUGGUUUUCUCCUCCUUGUCCUUUCCCUCUUCCUUUUUUUUCUUCAUUUCUUUAAUGUGUGUGUGUGUGUGUGUGUGUGUGUGUGUGUGUGUGUAUUACUGGUGAUUGAACACAGGCAUGCUCUACCACUGUGCUACAUCCACAAUCAUUUUAUUUUAUUGUCUUGGUACCAGGGAUCAAACUCACAACCUCAUGCUUGCCAGGCAGGUGCUUGUGCCACUGAGCUAAAUCCCCAGCCCUCAUUUUGCUUUGAGACAGGAUCUCACUAAGUUGCCUAGAUGGGCCUCAGAUUUGCAAUCAUCCUGCCUUUACCCCUCAAGUGCUGGAAUUACAGCCCCACAAGAGCAGAUGAAACUGCUGGGCCCUACAGCACACAUUUAAAGCUCUAGUUGAUGGGCUGGAGUUGUAGCUCAGUGAUGAAAUGUUUGCCUAGCACGUGUGAGACCCUAGUUCCAAACUGCCACACCACCAAACCAAUCAAAACACAAAAUUAAAUAGAGGCAAUCUUGUAUGCAUAACGAGACAUUGUCUCAAAAGAUGAAACAAAAACAUAAAAUAGAUGCAAUCAAACUGCCUUUUGUGGAGAUAGGGCAUUGAGAUAGGAUCUCACUAUGUAGUUCAGUCUGGGGUAGAACUCUCUAGGUAGCCCAGGCUAGCCUUGAAGUCACAGAUCCUCCUGCCUCCACCCCUGAGUGCUGGGCUUACUCAAAUUGCCUUUUUAAAGUAACUCAAUCCACUUCUACUGGCCAGGUAGGAACAGUUAUUCUUCACCUUGCUGCCAGCACUGGAUGGACUCAACCUCCCUAAUAGUCAUGAAGUUGUUCCCUAAUAGUCAAAACUACGGGGCACCUAUGUUCGGUGGUCCUCUGUCCUUCCUUCUCUGAGCCCUGGCUCACCUCUUCACAUGGCUUCUGGUUGAACUUUGUGACUCUCCCGCCUGUGUCUGGCUGCAGGGUCAUGGUGCCAGGGACUUGCAGGAGGUGGGCUGGAGGGCGGAGUGGGGCCUGUGUGUUUCUGAGGACUGGAACUAAGCACUAAGCGAGAUUUCAAGGGAGCCGGGACUCUGGAAUCUACCGCAGUGCUCUCGCACACGCGUCCUCCAUGGGGGGCAGGGGAGGAAAGGCAGCGUCCUUGGAAGGAACUGCUGAGGGUGACGCCAGCAGCACCCCCAUCUCCCGGGGCCUGUCUGUUUGUCCCCUCCCUUUGCACAGUGGUGGGGCAGGAGAGAGUGGGAGGGCUUGAGGCUGGGUGGGGCAAAGGUGAGCUGCUCCCUGGUGCGCCAGACCAGGCAGAUAACCACUUUCGGUUGGGGCCAGGUGUUAGUGAGCACGCUGCGGCUGGCUGUGGCUGGAUUCCAGCUGCCAUUCCCAGUCCUGGCACCUGCUCUGUCCCCAGCCCUGGGUACAACCCCUGCCCACCGGGCCCAUGUUGCUGCCCAGGUUCCUCAGCCUCCUCUGGAUGCUCAGCACCUCACUGGGGGUUACAGAAACCUCUGGUACAGAAGCAGUGCAGGGGCCCUCUCAAGCUACUUCUCUUGUUCUAGACAACACGUCCAACCCUCUCCCCACAACCACUUCACAUGGACAAACUUCUGCAACACUGUCCAGUGCUGCGCUCUUUUCUAAACUUUCAGUGACCAGUACGGAUGGCGGGAAGGAUGGAAGCUCUCCAAGCACCAGUCCUGCGGUAUUCAGUCCUGAUGGCUCAUCCACCUCCCUCAGCACCAGGGUUGGCACCAGCGACCAAUCUUACCAGUCCCCCACUCUAGGGAAUACUGCUACUACCUCUGGACUUCUACCUUCUACCUCUACUUCACCAGCCACCAGGGGUAGUGCCACCACUCCUCUGUCUACCUUGGAGAUCACCUCAACUACUGAGGCCAGGUCCACAGCUACACCUGACAGCUCCCCCUCCAGCUCUCUUACGGGUGCUGUCACAUAUGCCACAUCUCACGGUUCCUCUGCCAACACCAAAACAGACACAGCAGCCACUGCCACCACGGGCACACCCCUCAGCCCCUCUCUGUCUACCUUAGAAACAGUCACGACUGCUUCCACAAUGGUAGGGUCAUCAGCUGCCCCGUCCACCUCUCACAGCACUGCCAGGUUCCCAGACUCAAGCAGCCACUCACCCGACAGCACAUCCUCAGCUGCCCCCUCGUCACCCCCCACGAGUCUGAGUGUCACACAGACCCCCACGUCCUCAGCCACAUUGUCGCUGAGUACACACCUCCCUCCCGUCACAAGCACAGGUCUCCCUGCCUCUUCUCUGGGCAGCACUGGGCCCCUGACCACCAUGACACACAGCACCUCCACUCUCACGGCUGUCACUACUUCAGACACCCACACCCACAGCAGCCUCUCCAGCUCCACCCCACAGAGCACAGAUACCACAGACCCUGCUAGCACUGCCCUGACCUCGGCUGCCCACUUUACCUCCACUCUCACAGGAGCUGGACACAGCAGCACCCUUGAUGCCAGCACCCUGGGGCCAUCAGCAUCCUCCUCUGCUGCAUCUGCCACCACUACUGCCCCCACACUGCCAGGCAGUAUGUCCCCCGCUCCUACAGUGCUGGCCACCCACUCCACAGCAGCUGAGUCCACUCCACCACCCACUCUCACCAGCACAUUCUCAGCAAGCUCAGGAACAGAACCAGGUUCCACAGCUGCAGCCACCACUGCAACAGGUCAGACCACCUUCACCACCGCUAGUGCCACCUCCACUGCAGAAUCCACCCUCACUCUCACCACUGACACUGGCACAGCAGCUCUCAAGACAGACACUACUGCUGCUCCUCACAGCUCGGCCACCACCCACACAGCUGCGCCCACUUCCGGGACAUCCUCCCCCUCACCUCCCAGCACCAGCACUGUGGUAACAUCAGCCAGAAGUCCUCUGCCUUCUACCUCUGCUUCACCAGCCACCUCUGGUGGCACUGCCACCACUCCUCUCUCUACCUUGCCGACCUCGUUUCCAACUACUGAGGCCAGGUCCACAGCUACACCUGACAGCUCCCCCUCCAGCUCUCUUACGGGUGCUGUCACAUAUCCCACAUCUCACGGUUCCUCUGCCACCAGCAAAACAGACACAGCAGCCACUGCCACCACGGGAACACCCUUCAGCCCCUCUCUGUCUACCUUAGAAACAGUCACGACUGCUUCCACAAUCGUGGUGUCAUCAGCUGCCCCGUCCACCUCUCACAGCACUGCCAGGUUCCCAGACUCAAGCAGCCACUCACCCGACAGCACAUCCUCAGCUGCCCCCUCGUCACCCCCCACGAGUCUGAGUGUCACACAGACCCCCACGUCCUCAGCCACAUUGUCGCUGAGUACACACCUCCCUCCCGUCACAAGCACAGGUCUCCCUGCCUCUUCUCUGGGCAGCACUGGGCCCCUGACCACCAUGACACACAGCACCUCCACUCUCACGGCUGUCACUACUUCAGACACCCACACCCACAGCAGCCUCUCCGGCUCCACCCCACAGAGCACAGAUACCACAGACCCUGCUGGCACUGCCCUGACCUCGGCUGCCCACUUUACCUCCACUCUCACAGGAGCCGGACACAGCAGCACCCUUGCUGCCAGCACCCCGGGGCCAUCAGCAUCCUCCUCUGCUGCAUCUGCCACCAAUACUGCCCCCACACUGCCGGGCAGUAUGUCCCCCGCUCCUACAGUGCUGGCCACCCACUCCACAGCAGCUGAGUCCGCUCCACCACCCACUCUCACCAGCACAUUCUCAGCAAGCUCAGGAACAGAACCAGGUUCCACAGCUGCAGCCACCACUGCCACAGGUCAGACCACCUUCACCACCGCUAGUGCCACCUCCACUGCAGAAUCCACCCUCACUCUCACCACUGACACUGGCACAGCAGCUCUCAAGACAGACAUUACUGCUGCUCCUCACAGCUCGGCCACCACCCACACAGCUGCGCCCACUUCCGGGACAUCCUCCCCCUCACCUCCCAGCACCAGCACUGUGGUAACAUCAGCCAGAAGUCCUCUGCCUUCUACCUCUGCUUCACCAGCCACCUCUGGUGGCACUGCCACCACUCCUCUGUCUACCUUGGAGAUCACCUCAACUACUGAGGCCAGGUCCACAGCUACACCUGACAGCUCCCCCUCUAGCUCUCCUACGGGUGCUGUCACAUAUUCCACAUCUCACGGUUCCUCUGCCAACACCAAAACAGACACAGCAGCCACUGCCACCAUGGGAACACCCUUCAGCCCCUCUCUGUCUACCUUAGAAGCAGUCACGACUGCUUCCACAAUCGUGGUGUCAUCAGCUGUCCCAUCCACCUCUCACAGCACUGCCAGGUUCCCAGACUCAAGCAGCCACUCCACUGACAGCACAUCCUCAGCUGCCCCCUCGUCACCCCCCACGAGUCUGAGUGUCACACAGACCCCCACGUCCUCAGCCACAUUGUCGCUCAGUACACACCUCCCUCCCGUCACAAGCACAGGUCUCCCUGCCUCUUCUCUGGGCAGCACUGGGCCCCUGACCACCAUGACACACAGCACCUCCACUCUCACGGCUGUCACUACUUCAGACACCCACACCCACAGCAGCCUCUCCGGCUCCACCCCACAGAGCACAGAUACCACAGACCCUGCUAGCACUGCCCUGACCUCGGCUGCCCGCUUCACCUCCACUCUCCCAGGAGCCGGACACAGCAGCACCCUUGCUGCCAGCACCCCGGGGCCAUCAGCAUCCUCCUCUGCUGCAUCUGCCACCACUACUGCCCCCACACUGCCGGGCAGUAUGUCCCCCGCUCCAACAGUGCUGGCCACCCACUCCACAGCAGCUGAGUCCACUCCACCACCCACUCUCACCAGCACAUUCUCAGCAAGCUCAGGAACAGAACCAGGUUCCACAGCUGCAGCCACCACUGCAACAGGUCAGACCACCUUCACCACCGCUAGUGCCACCUCCACUGCAGAAUCCACCCUCACUCUCACCACUGACACUGGCACAGCAGCUCUCAAGACAGACACUACUGCUGCUCCUCACAGCUCGGCCACCACCCACACAGCUGCGCCCCCUUCAGGGACAUCCUCCCCCUCACCUCCCAGCACCAGCACUGUGGUAACAUCAGCCAGAAGUCCUCUGCCUUCUACCUCUGCUUCACCAGCCACCUCUGGUGGCACUGCCACCACUCCUCUCUCUACCUUGCCGACCUCGUUUCCAACUACUGAGGCCAGGUCCACAGCUACACGUGACAGCUCCCCCUCCAGCUCUCUUACGGGUGCUGUCACAUACCCCACAUCUCACGGUUCCUCUGCCACCACCAAAACAGACACAGCAGCCACUGCCACCACGGGAACACCCCUCAGCCCCUCUCUGUCUACCUUAGAAGCAGUCACGACUGCUUCCACAAUGGUGGUGUCAUCAGCUGUCCCAUCCACCUCUCACAGCACUGCCAGGUUCACAGACUCAAGCAGCCACUCCACUGACAGCACAUCCUCAGCUGCCCCCUCGUCACCCCCCACGAGUCUGAGUGUCACACAGACCCCCACGUCCUCAGCCACAUUGUCGCUGAGUACACACCUCCCUCCCGUCACAAGAACAGGUCUCCCUGCCUCUUCUCUGGGCAGCACUGGGCCCCUGACCACCAUGACACACAGCACCUCCACUCUCACGGCUGUCACUACUUCAGACACCCACACCCACAGCAGCCCCUCCAGCUCCACCCCACAGAGCACAGAUACCACAGACCCUGCUGGCACUGCCCUGACCUCGGCUGCCCACUUUACCUCCACUCUCACAGGAGCUGGACACAGCAGCACCCUUGCUGCCAGCACCCUGGGGCCAUCAGCAUCCUCCUCUGCUGCAUCUGCCACCAAUACUGCCCCCACACUGCCGGGCAGUAUGUCCCCCGCUCCUACAGUCCUGGCCACCCACUCCACAGCAGCUGAGUCCACUCCACCACCCAGUCUCACCAGCACAUUCUCAGCAAGCUCAGGAACAGAACCAGGUUCCACAGCUGCAGCCACCACUGCAACAGGUCAGACCACCUUCACCACCGCUAGUGCCACCUCCACUGCAGAAUCCACCCUCACUCUCACCACUGACACUGGCACAGCAGCUCUCAAGACAGACACUACUGCUGCUCCUCACAGCUCGGCCACCACCCACACAGCUGCGUCCCCUUCAGGGACAUCCUCCCCCUCACCUCCCAGCACCAGCACUGUGGUAACAUCAGCCGGGAGCAGUCCUCUGUCUUCUACCUCUGCUUCACCAGCCACCUCUGGUGGCACUGCCACCACUCCUCUGUCUUCCUUGCCGACCUCGUUUCCAACUACUGAGGCCAGGUCCACAGCUACACGUGACAGCUCCCCCUCCAGCUCUCUUACGGGUGCUGUCACAUAUCCCACAUCUCACGGUUCCUCUGCCUCCAGCAAAACAGACACAGCAGCCACUGCCACCACGGGAACACCCUUCAGCCCCUCUCUGUCUACCUUAGAAGCAGUCACGACUGCUUCCACAAUCGUGGUGUCAUCAGCUGCCCCGUCCACCUCUCACAGCACUGCCAGGUUCCCAGACUCAAGCAGCCACUCACCGGACAGCACAUCCUCAGCUGCCCCCUCGUCACCCCCCACGAGUCUGAGUGUCACACAGACCCCCACGUCCUCAGCCACAUUGUCGCUCAGUACACACCUCCCUCCCGUCACAAGCACAGGUCUCCCUGCCUCUUCUCUGGGCAGCACUGGGCCCCUGACCACCAUGACACACAGCACCUCCACUCUCACGGCUGUCACUACUUCAGACACCCACACCCACAGCAGCCUCUCCGGCUCCACCCCACAGAGCACAGAUACCACAGACCCUGCUAGCACUGCCCUGACCUCGGCUGCCCACUUUACCUCCACUCUCACAGGAGCUGGACACAGCAGCACCCUUGAUGCCAGCACCCUGGGGCCAUCAGCAUCCUCCUCUGCUGCAUCUGCCACCAAUACUGCCCCCACACUGCCGAGCAGUAUGUCCCCCGCUCCUACAGUCCUGGCCACCCACUCCACAGCAGCUGAGUCCACUCCACCACCCACUCUCACCAGCACAUUCUCAGCAAGCUCAGGAACAGAACCAGGUUCCACAGCUGCAGCCACCACUGCAACAGGUCAGACCACCUUCACCACCGCUAGUGCCACCUCCACUGCAGAAUCCACCCUCACUCUCACCACUGACACUGGCACAGCAGCUCUCAAGACAGACACUUCUGCUGCUCCUCACAGCUCGGCCACCACCCACACAGCUGCGCCCCCUUCAGGGACAUCCUCCCCCUCACCUCCCAGCACCAGCACUGUGGUAACAUCAGCCAGAAGUCCUCUGCCUUCUACCUCUGCUUCACCAGCCACCUCUGGUGGCACUGCCACCACUCCUCUGUCUACCUUGGAGAUCACCUCAACUACUGAGGCCAGGUCCACAGCUACACCUGACAGCUCCCCCUCUAGCUCUCCUACGGGUGCUGUCACAUAUGCCACAUCUCACGGUUCCUCUGCCAACACCAAAACAGACACAGCAGCCACUGCCACCACGGGAACACCCUUUAGCCCCUCUCUGUCUACCUUAGAAGCAGUCACGACUGCUUCCACAAUGGUGGUGUCAUCAGCUGUCCCAUCCACCUCUCACAGCACUGCCAGGUUCCCAGACUCAAGCAGCCACUCCACUGACAGCACAUCCUCAGCUGCCCCCUCGUCACCCCCCACGAGUCUGAGUGUCACACAGACCCCCACGUCCUCAGCCACAUUGUCGCUCAGUACACACCUCCCUCCCGUCACAAGCACAGGUCUCCCUGCCUCUUCUCUGGGCAGCACUGGGCCCCUGACCACCAUGACACACAGCACCUCCACUCUCACGGCUGUCACUACUUCAGACACCCACACGCACAGCAGCCUCUCCGGCUCCAUCCCACAGAGCACAGAUACCACAGACCCUGCUAGCACUGCCCUGACCUCGGCUGCCCACUUUACCUCCACUCUCACAGGAGCUGGACACAGCAGCACCCUUGCUGCCAGCACCCCGGGGCCAUCAGCAUCCUCCUCUGCUGCAUCUGCCACCACUACUGCCCCCACACUGCCGGGCAGUAUGUCCCCCGCUCCUACAGUCCUGUGCACCCACUCCACAGCAGCUCAGUCCACUCCACCACCCAGUCUCACCAGCACAUUCUCAGCAAGCUCAGGAACAGAACCAGGUUCCACAGCUGCAGCCACCACUGCAACAGGUCAGACCACCUUCACCACCGCUAGUGCCACCUCCACUGCAGAAUCCACCCUCACUCUCACCACUGACACUGGCACAGCAGCUCUCAAGACAGACACUACUGCUGCUCCUCACAGCUCGGCCACCACCCACACAGCUGCGCCCCCUUCAGGGACAUCCUCCCCCUCACCUCCCAGCACCAGCACUGUGGUAACAUCAGCCGGGAGCAGUCCUCUGUCUUCUACCUCUGCUUCACCAGCCACCUCUGGUGGCACUGCCACCACUCCUCUGUCUUCCUUGCCGACCUCGUUUCCAACUACUGAGGCCAGGUCCACAGCUACACGUGACAGCUCCCCCUCCAGCUCUCUUACGGGUGCUGUCACAUAUCCCACAUCUCACGGUUCCUCUGCCUCCAGCAAAACAGACACAGCAGCCACUGCCACCACGGGAACACCCUUCAGCCCCUCUCUGUCUACCUUAGAAGCAGUCACGACUGCUUCCACAAUCGUGGUGUCAUCAGCUGCCCCGACCACCUCUCACAGCACUGCCAGGUUCCCAGACUCAAGCAGCCACUCACCGGACAGCACAUCCUCAGCUGCCCCCUCGUCACCCCCCACGAGUCUGAGUGUCACACAGACCCCCACGUCCUCAGCCACAUUGUCGCUCAGUACACACCUCCCUCCCGUCACAAGCACAGGUCUCCCUGCCUCUUCUCUGGGCAGCACUGGGCCCCUGACCACCAUGACACACAGCACCUCCACUCUCACGGCUGUCACUACUUCAGACACCCACACCCACAGCAGCCUCUCCGGCUCCACCCCACAGAGCACAGAUACCACAGACCCUGCUAGCACUGCCCUGACCUCGGCUGCCCACUUUACCUCCACUCUCACAGGAGCCGGACACAGCAGCACCCUUGCUGCCAGCAUCCCGGGGCCAUCAGCAUCCUCCUCUGCUGCAUCUGCCACCACUACUGCCCCCACACUGCCAGGCAGUAUGUCCCCCGCUCCUACAGUCCUGGCCACCCACUCCACAGCAGCUGAGUCCACUCCACCACCCACUCUCACCAGCACAUUCUCAGCAAGCUCAGGAACAGAACCAGGUUCCACAGCUGCAGCCACCACUGCAACAGGUCAGACCACCUUCACCACCGCUAGUGCCACCUCCACUGCAGAAUCCACCCUCACUCUCACCACUGACACUGGCACAGCAGCUCUCAAGACAGACACUUCUGCUGCUCCUCACAGCUCGGCCACCACCCACACAGCUGCGCCCCCUUCAGGGACAUCCUCCCCCUCACCUCCCAGCACCAGCACUGUGGUAACAUCAGCCAGAAGUCCUCUGCCUUCUACCUCUGCUUCACCAGCUACCUCUGGUGGCACUGCCACCACUCCUCUGUCUACCUUGGAGAUCACCUCAACUACUGAGGCCAGGUCCACAGCUACACCUGACAGCUCCCCAUCUAGCUCUCCUACGGGUGCUGUCACAUAUGCCACAUCUCACGGUUCCUCUGCCAACACCAAAACAGACACAGCAGCCACUGCCACCACGGGAACACCCUUUAGCCCCUCUCUGUCUACCUUAGAAGCAGUCACGACUGCUUCCACAAUGGUGGUGUCAUCAGCUGUCCCAUCCACCUCUCACAGCACUGCCAGGUUCCCAGACUCAAGCAGCCACUCCACUGACAGCACAUCCUCAGCUGCCCCCUCGUCACCCCCCACGAGUCUGAGUGUCACACAGACCCCCACGUCCUCAGCCACAUUGUCGCUGAGUACACACCUCCCUCCCGUCACAAGCACAGGUCUCCCUGCCUCUUCUCUGAGCAGCACUGGGCCCCUGACCACCAUGACACACAGCACCUCCACUCUCACGGCUGUCACUACUUCAGACACCCACACCCACAGCAGCCUCUCCGGCUCCAUCCCACAGAGCACAGAUACCACAGACCCUGCUAGCACUGCCCUGACCUCGGCUGCCCACUUUACCUCCACUCUCACAGGAGCUGGACACAGCAGCACCCUUGCUGCCAGCACCCCGGGGCCAUCAGCAUCCUCCUCUGCUGCAUCUGCCACCACUACUGCCCCCACACUGCCGGGCAGUAUGUCCCCCGCUCCUACAGUCCUGUGCACCCACUCCACAGCAGCUCAGUCCACUCCACCACCCAGUCUCACCAGCACAUUCUCAGCAAGCUCAGGAACAGAACCAGGUUCCACAGCUGCAGCCACCACUGCAACAGGUCAGACCACCUUCACCACCGCUAGUGCCACCUCCACUGCAGAAUCCACCCUCACUCUCACCACUGACACUGGCACAGCAGCUCUCAAGACAGACACUACUGCUGCUCCUCACAGCUCGGCCACCACCCACACAGCUGCGCCCACUUCCGGGACAUCCUCCCCCUCACCUCCCAGCACCAGCACUGUGGUAACAUCAGCCAGAAGUCCUCUGCCUUCUACCUCUGCUUCACCAGCCACCUCUGGUGGCACUGCCACCACUCCUCUCUCUACCUUGCCGACCUCGUUUCCAACUACUGAGGCCAGGUCCACAGCUACACGUGACAGCUCCCCCUCCAGCUCUCUUACGGGUGCUGUCACAUACCCCACAUCUCACGGUUCCUCUGCCACCAGCAAAACAGACACAGCAGCCACUGCCACCACGGGAACACCCCUCAGCCCCUCUCUGUCUACCUUAGAAGCAGUCACGACUGCUUCCACAAUGGUUGUGUCAUCAGCUGCCCCAUCCACCUCUCACAGCACUGCCAGGUUCCCAGACUCAAGCAGCCACUCCACUGACAGCACAUCCUCAGCUGCCCCCUCGUCACCUCCCACGAGUCUGAGUGUCACACAGACCCCCACGUCCUCAGCCACAUUGUCGCUCAGUACACACCUCCCUCCCGUCACAAGCACAGGUCUCCCUGCCUCUUCUCUGGGCAGCACUGGGCCCCUGACCACCAUGACACACAGCACCUCCACUCUCACGGCUGUCACUACUUCAGACACCCACACCCACAGCAGCCCCUCCAGCUCCACCCCACAGAGCACAGAUACCACAGACCCUGCUGGCACUGCCCUGACCUCGGCUGCCCCCUUCACCUCCACUCUCACAGGAGCCGGACACAGCAGCACCCUUGCUGCCAGCACCCUGGGGCCAUCAGCAUCCUCCUCUGCUGCAUCUGCCACCAAUACUGCCCCCACACUGCCAGGCAGUAUGUCCCCCGCUCCUACAGUCCUGGCCACCCACUCCACAGCAGCUCAGUCCACUCCACCACCCACUCUCACCAGCACAUUCUCAGCAAGCUCAGGAACAGAACCAGGUUCCACAGCUGCAGCCACCACUGCAACAGGUCAGACCACCUUCACCACCGCUAGUGCCACCUCCACUGCAGAAUCCACCCUCACUCUCACCACUGACACUGGCACAGCAGCUCUCAAGACAGACACUUCUGCUGCUCCUCACAGCUCGGCCACCACCCACACAGCUGCGCCCCCUUCAGGGACAUCCUCCCCCUCACCUCCCAGCACCAGCCCUGUGGUAACAUCAGCUGGGAGCAGUGCUCUGCCUUCUACCUCCACAUCUGACAGUUCCUCUGCCACCAGCAGAGCAGGCACAGCAGCCACUGCCACCAUGAGCACACAUAUCAGCCCCACACUUCCCAUGUCAGAAACAGCCAGGAUGGACACCACAGGGGUACCUUCUCUGUCUUCUACUGUGAUCCCAUCAGCAUCCAUUAGCAUAUUGACAUCAGCAUCAGAUGCCCCUAUUACAAAUACCACGGUGUCCGUCCCUAAGACCUCUGUCUCCAUUCCCAUUCUUGUGACCUCACCUACUUCCUCCAGCGGCCCCAGCACGGAAUCUUUGUCUCAGGGAAACACAGCUACAAAUGCAAUGAGCACCUCUUUUGGUUCCCUGAUCCCUGCAACAUCCUCAGGAAUAAUGUCCUCAGCUCCUUCCUCUGCCAGCAGCAAUUCCCUGGUGACUACUGUUACCAGCUCUGUCCCUACCCCUCAUAUCUCCAGCACAGAAAGCUCUUCUUCUGUCCCGACUUUUCCUCCUUUGUCUUCAUCUGCAACUACCAGAGUGUUCCCCACUACCUCGCCACCUGCCACAGCUCCCGCUGAAACCAGUCCCUUUUCUUACAUUUCCCUUCCUUCCACUACAAUACUCCCUCCCUCCCCCACAAUGAAGGGUACAGUGACUCCCACGUCCCCAUUCUCAGUCUUCCCCACCACUCCCGAAACGGUUACCAGUCUUAGUGCCACCAGUGAAAGAGCCAUCCUUUCUACAUAUACGGACACCACGGCUUCCAGGACUCCAGAAGCUGAGCUUGCCGCCACCACUGCUGGCGCUCUCAGCUCUGCCAGCGCUGCCACAUCACCCAUCAACACAGUGUCGGCUGACAGCCAAACACCCACCGAGACACGGCUGAACACCAGUUUUGUCACCACCCCACAUAUGGCUGCCGGCUCCACUGUGGAACCAAGCAGCAACCUUCCAACUGUCAUGACAACAAGCAAGCUGAUACCUCCCACUCCUUCUACCCCUGAGACUCCAGAGAGACCAGUGGCCACCACAAAGACUUCGCUCACCACAACAAGCAACCUGAUACCUUCCACUCCUCCUACCACUCAGACUCCAGAGAGACCAGUGGCCACCACAAAGACUUCGCCCACCACGACAAGCAAGCUGAUACCUCCCCCUCCUCCUACCACUCAGACUCCAGAGAGACCAGUGGCCACCACAAAGACUUUGUCCACCACGACAAGCAAGCUGAUACCUCCCCCUCCUCCUACCACUCAGACUCCAGAGAGACCAGUGGCCACCACAAAGACUUCGCCCACCACCACGUCACCAAGAACCACUUCGAGUAGUACUCAGCUGACUACUACCCUAGGCACCUGUGAAAACGGUGGCACCUGGGAACAAGGGCACUGCAAAUGCCCCCCGGGUUUCACUGGGAAACGCUGUGAGCAGAUUAAUAAAUGCCUGAAUGGGGGGACAAUGGAUGGCCUCAAGUGCAUCUGCCCUAGCACCUUCUAUGGCUCCUUCUGUGAGAAUCCCGUGGAACAAGUAGAACUGGAUACUGUGGAGGCCGAAGUGGGCAUGGAGGUGUCUGUCGACCAGGAGUUCUCUGAAGAGCUCAAAGACAACACUUCCGAGGCCUACAGAGAGUUCAGCAACCUCUUCCGGGUUCAGGUGAAGAAGAUUUACGAAAACGUGCCGGGGUUCCAAGAUGUGGAGAUCCUGUCCCUGAGGAAUGGCAGCAUCGUGGUGGACUAUAUAGUCCUGCUGAAGCUGCCCUUCAGCAACCAGCUGGAGGAAAAAUACAACGAUGUGAAGGCCACCCUCGUGGAGGAGCUCCUGAAUGCCAGCAAGAGUGAAGACAGCUGUCUGGAUAACCAGACUCUGUGUUUCAAGCCUGAUUCCGUCAAGCUGAACAACAGCAUCGAGACAGCCCUGGACCCGAAAGCUAUCUGCCAAAGAACAGUCGCCGAGGGCUACGAGGAGUUCUACUUCCCCUAUGUGGAAGGGAACCUGCUUCGCUGUGUCACCAAUUGCACUCCGAAUGUGGAGGGUGCCAUCGACUGUAACCAGGGCCAGUGUUUUCUGGAGAAGAGUGGGCCCGUUUGCCGCUGCUUCUCCACCGACACGUACUGGUUCUCGGGUCCGCGCUGUGAGGUGGCCGUCCAGUGGAGGGCGCUGGUCGGGGGACUAGCGGGCGCCGGCGCGCUGCUCCUGCUCUUGCUGUUGGGGGCGCUGAGUUUCUGGGUGAUGCGGUCCUGGAAGAAGGACAGCGGAUCCAAAGCAGAGGACAGGCAAUGGUUCGAGGUCUGGGAUGAUGACACCGUGGGGACUUUCUGCAACACGGGCUUCGUGGAUGACAAGACAGUCAAGGAUGCAAACUUCCAAGUGGCUUUGCAUACGGUUGACCCCGGUGUACAGGUGCACAUCCAGAGACCUGAGGUGGCCAUGUCCUCACUGUGAGCCCUACACCUCCACCCUGCCUGCGACAGCAAGAGGGAGCCAUCUACACCAGGUCCUUGCAAGAGAUACCUCCGUGACCUCUGCAGCCUCUCCAGUGUCCUUGGGCAAAACCAGACUGUCCCCUUGACCCCCUCCUUCUCCUGACUUGGCUGAAACCCACUCGGGGACCUGGGUCACAUCUAGACUCUUGCACGGUGGGACCUUGAGUGAGUCAGUGUUCUCCCAUUUCUGUCUCCUCACGUUGAAAAUGGGUAUGACUUGCUCAUCCUGAUACCUGGAGGUUACUGUGAAAACCGCUGGGUCUGGCCAGUUCUCUGUCCCUGUCCACCCUUCUGUCUCAGCUCACGUGUUUACAUUGCCUGAUUCAGGCUGUCACAUCCUCACCUCUGGGGCCCAGUCUUAGGCCUCCAUUCCUGUUUGUACCCUGUUACCAUCCAAUGUCACUUGUCUCCCAUCCUGAGCCUGUGGCCAGUUUGGAGCCCCCACCCAUAUAACUCCUCGCUGGGGGCCUUACUCUCCUUUAAGUUUUUCCUCUUCUGAGCUGACUUCCCAGUCAGUCCCCUUCCCAACCCUACAGCUCCCCCAAUUUCUGUAUUCCCCUUCUCCCCUACCCUCAUAUCCUCCGCCCUGAAUCGUGUCUCUUCCCCACACCCCUCCCCUAGACAGGUGCAGGUACCCCGGUGUCUUAGGCUCCCUCAGCCUGCACUCCCAGCUCUGAGUCCCACUUGGAGGCUCUUCCUGUCCUGCCACCCUCAAAGGUCCUGGAACCACUUUGCGGGGAGGUAGGGGUGGGGUGGGGGAUAAAUUUCCCCAGAUCCCCAAGGGUGAAGAGAAGUGAGUCUCCUCCUCUUUGCCCUCAUGCCCCACCCCUCCUCCUCAUCUUCACCACCUCCUUCCUACCCUUCCCACUCCCCCUACACUGUGUCACCCUCCUCGCUGUUGUGACCUCAGCCUGAAGUCUCAGCCUCCUUUGCCAGGAAAUCAGUGUAGGGAACAGGGAGUCGGCCAGCAAGUGCAGCUCCUCCCAGAUACUCGCCUGAGACAGGCUACUCUGCGUCUCCUUUUCUCCUGGUGUCUUCCGUCUGGCUGGAGAAACAGGGACUUCAGACUGCGAGGCUGGCCGGCCCUGGAUGCAUCACCUUCUCCUGGGGAGGGACUGUGGGCAGCUGUUAGGGUCAUAGUUGUACAAAGGCUGAUCAAAAACUAUGCGGUGUAUUUAAAUAAAACAAUUAUUACAAUAGAA